UCAUAGGUUUCCAUUCCAAACUUCCCUUCAUCCCUGCUCCCAGCACCCUGGGCUCACUAACGCUGCCCAACUUGGGUGCAUGGGGCAUGGAUGGUGACUGUGCCAUGUUUGGGGUUGGCCAUGACUGUUGAAAGUUCUGGGUGAGCACCACCCUUGUAGUUUCUGAAUCACAUCUUGAGAGAGAGGCCAAGCCACGUAUCCAGCAAAGCCCCAUCAGCUUCUUGAGGGCAAGCCCCAAGGACACCUAUGAAUCCUGGCUUCCAAUCCAGUCUGUCACGUGGUGGUAGUUGGUGUUAAGAGCAGUCCCAAGCUGGGUUAUCAUUGGAAGAAGGAAAACCUUUCUGGGCAGCUGGACUGAGGGUAUUUGGGACUGCUUACGAUCACUCAUAGCAGGAGUCUACUGCCUGCCUUCUGGGGGGCAUUUUGGAAAUGUAUGAGGCACUUUUUGCUGCAAAAAUUUGAAGGUAUGCUACUGGCAUUUCGUUGGCCUCGGCAGAAUGCUAGAUAUCCUGAGAUGCUCGGGACACCGCUUAUUACGCAGAAUUCCCAAGAUGACUUUGGAGUGACCGGCUGCACAUCCUGCAUAGGAAAACCCUGUUCAUCUUGGACUCUAGAACUAUCUAACUUCACACGUAAACACAACGCCCUUUUGGCACAUUUUAAAAAAGACUCCGUUUUCUAGGAAAGCACCUCCUUGCAAAUUAAACAUUACUUUGCUUUAGCACUUUACCAUGAACUUUGUCACUACUUCGGAGCAUCAGGUCACCAAGGACAGCACUGCCUGUCAUCUGGUCCAUGAGUCCACGGGAAAGGACCAGUGUCGGCAUUGUGGCUACUGCAUCCACAGGGAUUCAUAUGGGGGUGGGGACUGGAUCACUUCACUGCCUUCUCUUUCCGUUGGGCCCAAACUUUCACAUAAUGAAAUACCUUUUAUCAUAAAUUAUUUUUAUUUCUCCUUUAUAUUACCGUGAGGACGUUACAUAGGUUGUCAUGUAUGUCAUUCAUUACCCAUCCAUUACCUUUUAAGGUAGUCCAAGGGCUUUGACCCUGGAAGGGUACAGGACUGUAGUGUAAUGAUGGUUCUAAAUUGCGGUGGAGAGGAGGGAAUAGAGUCUAAAAUCUUCCCAGGUUAUUUUCUAGAUCUCCUCACCCCUCUUAUCCUGCUUUACAGAGACUGGAACAAGGGAUCUACAUGGAGAUUCUUGGGGGAGGAGUCCAGAACAUGGCUCCCAGUUAAUGGAUGAUGGAAUUUGCACAAGAACUGGGCAAAGGUGAAAGGGCUGUGUCCUCUCCCAAAUCUCUCAUUCCUUCGCUCUGCUUCAUUGGCACUCCAACCACCUCCCCACUCCAGGCAGCCAAACUCUGACUUCAGCCAAACUCUGACCUCUUACUCUACUUAAUUCUGGCUCAGGGCAGUCAACACAAGACGAAAGGCAGGACAGCAUGAGCCGAUCACACCCCCAAACCAUCCAACUCAGAUCUGUGGGCUCCCAACGAACCCGGGCUCCCCUGUCUCCACAGCUUGCUGUCCAGAAUCCCUCCUCCCACUCUUGGGCGUCUCUAAGUGGGCCUCCUCCCUGGGCCCUCGGCUGUCUUCUGGCUUUGCAGCAUAUUUUGGUCCUGGCUUCUCUCCUCUGUGCCUCGCACCUGCUUCUGCUUCGAAGUCUCCCCGCAGGAGGACUCUCUUACUCCCCUGCCCACCUCCUGGCCUCCAGCCUCUUUGCAUGUGGUGUGUCUACCACCCUGCAAACUUGGAUGGGCAGCAGGCUGCCUCUUGUCCAGGCUCCAUCUUUUGAGUUCCUUGUCCCUGCUCUGGUGUUGACCAACCGGAAGCUGCCUCUGGCCAUCCAGCAACCUGGAAACUCCUCCCACCUGCUGCACCCGUGUGAGGGGCCUGGCUGCCAUAGCCUGGAGCUCCGGGACACUUCUCUCCAAGAGGUGUCUGGGGCAGUGGUGGUGUCUGGGCUGCUACAGGGCAUGCUGGGACUAUUGGGGGCUCCUGGCCACUUGUUCCUUCACUGCGGACCCCUGGUACUGGCCCCCAGCCUGGUUGUGGCAGGGCUCUCUGCCCACAGGGAGGUGGCCCUGUUCUGCUCCGGUCACUGGGGGCUGGCCUUGCUGCUUAUCCUGCUCAUGGUGGUCUGUUCUCAGCACCUGGGCUCCUGCCAGUUACCUCCAUGCCCCUGGAGGCCAGCUUCAACCUCUUCAACUUGCACUCGAAUCCCUGCCUUCCGGCUCCUCUCGGUGCUGGUCCCAGUGGCCUGUGUGUGGAUCAUCUCUGCCCUCCUGGGUCUCAGCGUCAUCCCGCUGGAGCUGUCUGCCCCCACUGAGGCACCGUGGUUUUGGCUGCCUCACCCAACUGAGUGGGUCUGGCCCUUGCUGACACCCUGGGCUCUGGCUGCAGGCAUCUCCAUGGCCUUGGCAACCUCCAUCAGCUCCCUGGGCUGCUACGCGUUGUGUGGCUGGCUGCUGCAUUUGCCUUGUCCACCUCCACAUGCCUGCAGUCGAGGGCUGAGCCUGGAGGGCCUGGGAAGUGUGCUGGCUGGGAUGCUAGGGAGCCCGUUAGGCACUGCAUCCAGUUUCCCCAAUGUGGGCACAGUGAGUCUUAUCCAGGCUGGAUCUCAGCGAGUGGCCCACUUGGUGGGGCUGCUCUGUGUGGGGCUUGGGCUCUCCCCGAGGCUGGCCCACCUCCUCACCACCAUCCCGCUGCCUGUUCUUGGUGGCGUGCUGGGCGUGACCCAGGCUGUGGUUGUGUCUGCUGGAUUCUCCAACUUCCACCUGGCUGACAUUGACUCUGGGCGGAAUGUUUUCAUUGUUGGCUUCUCCAUCUUCAUGGCCCUGCUGCUGCCGAGAUGGCUUCGGGAAGCUCCCGUCCUGCUGAGCACAGGCUGGAGCCCCCUGGAUGUGUUACUUCACUCGCUGCUCGCAGAGCACAUCUUCCUGGCGGGCCUUUUGGGUUUCCUCCUAGAGAACACCAUUCCUGGCACACGGCUUGAACGAGGCCUAGGUCAAGGGCUACCGUCCCCUUUCACUGCCCAAGAGGCUUGGGUGCCUCAGAACUCCAGGGAGAAGGCUGCUCAAGAGUAUGAGCUUCCUCCUCCCCUCCAAAACUUGUGUCCCUGCAUCCCUCAGCAGGCCCGUUGCCUCUGCCCAUUGCCUGAAGACCCUGGGAAUGAGGAAGGAGGGCCUGCUGAGCCAGGAGAGACAGCCGACCUGCUGCCUGGUUUUGGGGAGCAGUACCCCCGGUCUAGCAGAGGAGAACUUAGGCCCCAUUAAUUCCAGGAUUCAUACUUCCGCUCUGGUUAGAUUGCUCUAUCUCCCAGCUUGCUGGAGAGUCAGCUCCCAGGUUCUACUUUCUCUUAGGGAGUGUGUGUGUGUGUGUGUGUGUGU